AUGGAUGGCAGACUCUUUACUUUGCUAUUUCUGAUCAUAAUUAAUAUAAUUUCAGCAUGUCUUUCCUGCCCAGAGCACCAGCAGGCUUUUGAGAGCUCCUGCUAUGAGUUUGUGGCCCAGCAGCGCAGUUUCCUCAGUGCUCAGGCUUGGUGUGAGCGGGACGGAGGGCACCUGGCCUUCAUCCAGAGUGAUGAAAGCCAGCAGUUUCUCCAAAAAAACCUGCAGCCGGAGCAGGACUGGUGGAUAGGACUAGUGUCUACCUCCAACAACCUCACUCUGGACACGGAAGAAGGCUUGAUGUGGUUGGAUGGUUCAGAUGUGACUUACUCAAACUGGCUCAGUGAGCCGAUGCUGGAAAUAGGCUGUGGCCACAUCAACACAGACUCUGGACUUCACUGGAAGAUGACAAGUAACUGUAGUCAGGAAUUUUACUUCAUUUGUGAGUUUGAAUUGGGGCGCUCUCUGUCCUGUAUGGACAGCACUGUCCUGCAGUGUGGCUCAGAUCAGGUGAUAGAGGUUGAUGAGAGUUUCUAUGGCAGGAAGACGCCACAUUACUGCAAGAACAACAUGCCAAACUCUCACACAGCUUCACCAGAGCAGUGCAGCUGGAUCGAUGUGCGGGAUUUAGUCGCAGAGCUGUGUAACGGACAGCAGGUUUGCACGGCUGUGACAGAUGGAUCUUUUGGAGAGCCGUGUCCUGCGCUGGGAAGUUACCUGUCUGUGGAAUACCACUGCAAAGACCUAUCAAAGUACUCUUUGUCUUUGAGACAGGACACUCACAAAAGGGCUGAAAGGGAAGCACCAGUUGAGAAACGGAUUUGUUAUCCUGUUGUAGAGAAUCCAGACACUUUGCAAAUCUCCUGCUCAAAUUGUGGUGCAACUGAUAAUCAUGAAAAAAUCAAAUUGAAGGUAGGAAACUGUGACGAAACUAACUGGUAUGUGGAAGAUGGCAGAAAAUUGAAGAAAAAUAGGAGAGACAGUUUUAAGAAAGACUGCUUAACAAACGGCAAAAAGGUGAUGAAUCUAAAGGCUAGAGAUGAUGAUGACUUGGAAGUUAAAGCUAAAACGCUUAGACCUUUCAAGAAGGACAUCCUCGUAGUGGCCACUUGCAAAAACGGUGGAACAACUUCUUAUGGGGAGCAUAUCAUACAAUAUAUCUUAAUAAAGAUAGACAAGAUUCUGCUGAAGCAAGACAUCGAUAAACAGUUGAUUGAAACUAAUAGAGCAGACGACACAGAAGAGAUCAAAGAGGAUCUUCUUUCAGAUAUAUAUUCACUUUUGGAAGACUCGGAGCCACUCCAGCAACCCGCAGAUGUGCAGUUUUAUGCUAGUGCUUUGACAAGCAUCAUUAAAGAUGAGGGCAAAGUGAAUGCUAAUGCUCAGGAGUUUGCUGGUGCAAUACUAAAUGUUAUCAGUGAUUCCCUCAAAUCCAUCGAUCUGACUCCAGAUAACAUCACUGCACUAACUGACACAGUCAAACUCAUCAUUGAGUCCUCUAGUCACAUUCUCGGUGCCUUCAAUAAGGACAAAGAGAGCGACAUCUCUGAUUAUUUGCUCAGUGCGGUGGACUCUGUGCAGACAUUCUUGCUAACAAAUAAAACACCUGAUCUGGAGCCCAACAUCAUCAGCACUCCUAAUAUCAAUGUUUAUGUCAAUAGGUUAUCUCCAGGGAACCUCCAUAAAGAGCCUUUCAGUGUCCAGAACAGUCUAGCCGGCUUCAAGCUUCCAAAUCUGGGCUCUGAUAUACUUCCUGUAGAUGAGCCAGUGGAUGUGAAAAUGACACAUUUUAACAUUGAUCCAUGGACUGAAGGUCAGCCCAUUCAUAGUAUUGUGGCUGGUUUGUCCCUUUCCAAAACAGACAGCUCUGGCAUUCCAGUGGCAAACCUUACGGAAGAGAUUGAGAUCUUAUUACCAAGGCUGGACACAGCAGUGAACAGCACAGUUCUGGAUUUGAAAAACUACAGCACUUCGAUGAUCACUACAACCACCCCCAACAUUACUCUUGUCUUAAAGUUACAUCCCUCUGAAGAGUUAACACUACUGUUACUGCUGGGUUAUCAGAACUAUCCAACUGAGGAAAACAAUGUAGCCAAAGUUACACUUCCUCGACAAGGAAAUUCACAAGACGAAAGGUACACAUGGGUACUGGGCCCCAGUGACAUGACAGUAGACGUGGGCAUUUACUACCUUCUGAUACGACCUGUUGUUCCUCCGGGUGUGAAGUCUGUUGAUGCAUCAGUAACAAUUACAUCCAUUACUGCUCAGUGCAUUUUCUGGGAAGACACCAGAUACAACUGGAGUGACUAUGGCUGUAGGGUUGGCCCUAAAACAACUCCAAAUGUUACUCAGUGUCUGUGUACCCAUUUAACCUUUUUUGGGAGCAGUUUCUUUGUCAUGCCCAAUACGGUAGAUCCAUCCAAGACUGCUGAGCUUUUUUCCAACUUUGCAAAUAACCCAGUGGUGGUGUGCUUUAUCGGGGCUAUCUUCUUAGCUUAUAUCCUGGCCGCGGCAUGGGCGCGCAGGAAGGACCUACAGGACAAGGCCAAGGUGAAGAUUACUGUGCUAGAGGACAAUGAUCCCUUUGCUGAGUACUGUUACUUGCUGAAGAUCAGCACUGGACAUCGCAUGGGAGCCUCCACUUCAUCACGGGUUAUAGUGACUCUACAAGGCACAGAGGGAGAAUGUGAGCCCCAUCACCUGACUGACCCUGUUAAGCCAGUGUUUGAAAGGGGAGGUGUGGACCUGUUCUUACUGACCACCCCUUUCCCACUUGGAGAGUUGCAGAGCAUCAGACUGUGGCAUGACAACUCAGGAGAUCAUCCUGCUUGGUAUGUUAACUCGGUGAUGGUUGAAGACCUGCAGACUGAGCAGAAGUGGCACUUCCUGUGCAGCUCGUGGCUGGCUGUUGAUAUAGAUGAUUGUACUGUUGAAAGAGUGUUUCCUGUAGCAUCAGAGAUGGACAUGAAAGGCUUCAGCAACUUAUUCUUUAUGAAGACAACAACAGACUUCUGUGACGGCCACAUCUGGUACUCUGUGGUCAGUCGACCGCCCAGCAGUAAUUUCACCCGUGUGCAGCGUGUCUCGUGCUGUUUCUCAGUGCUGCUCUGCUCCAUGUUGGCCAGUAUCAUGUUCUACGGGAUUCCCACAGACCCCACGGAGCAGACAAUGGAUAUGGGCCAGAUUAAACUGACCUGGAGUCAGGUGAAGAUUGGCAUCCAGAGCUCCUUCAUUGUGUUCCCUGUCAACCUACUAAUUGUGGGAAUCUUCAGACACUCACGUCCCCGAAAAAAGAAGACAAAGAAACAAAAGGCACAUAAGAAGCCUGAGCCUCCUCAGAUGGAGAAAGAGAUCCCGUAUGAGACCUUCUCUCCAAAUUUUGAGAACACUUUAACAGUAGAUUUUCUUAUUAAUGACAUACAGAGAAUCACAUACUUGUUUGGAAAUGCCAUGAGAUGCCCCGUCCUGAAAACAGAGAAAUGCCCUGAUAAGGCAGACGUCAGCACUUUACUGUCAGAGCUGCAGAACCUCAUCGAACAACAGCACUUCAUACACAAAAAUGAAACCUCUGUUUUCUGGACCUACAGCCAUCAUCUGUCCAAACAACUUGAAAACUUGGAGGGAGAAGUGAAGCUGCUGGGGCCUUCAGGCUUUUCUAGGCCUGGGAGCUACAGCCAAGUUUUACUUCAGGUCCAGAGCAUGAAAAAACUGCUGGAGAGUCACCGUUCCUCCAGACCCAUCAUUGAGCAGCGGACCUGUAGCUUGAGCCCCAAAAAAGACAGCAGCUGCAGCAGGAAGGGUCUGCCCUGGUGGUUUGUUUAUGUGGGUUGGCUUCUUGUUGCAGCCACAAGUGUGGUGUCAGGGUACUUUACCAUGUUGUAUGGACUGAAAUACGGAAAGGAUCGCUCGAUCAGUUGGAUAAUCUCCAUUGCGAUGUCCUUCACUGAGAGCCUCUUCUUCACCCAGCCUGUAAAGGUGUUUUGUUUGGCGAUUUUCUUUGCAUUGGUGGUGAAAAAAAUCAAUUUUGAAGAUGCAGAACUUAUUGACACUUUACGUAAGAAAACAACCACUUGCACAGAUGGUCUCUAUGGAGUGCGACUUGCUAAAAGGGAUUGUACACACAGCUUCUAUCAGCCUCCACCUUCCAGUGAUAUUGAAAAGCUUAGGAGAAACAUGGUCAAACAGCAGAAAGCACGGGCACUCAUCAUGGAGAUUCUAGUUUUUCUGGGGUUCUUGUGGAUGCUGCUCUUGGUGGCAUAUGGUCAGCGAGAUGAAAAUGGAUUCUACCUCGCACAGCACAUCCGGCAGAGGUUCAGCAAUGGCAUUUCAGACAGUAUGAACCACAAUGAUGUGUUCACCUGGGCUAAUACUGUACUUCUUAGUAACCUGUUCGGAGAAUAUCCAGGUUUUAUAACAGAUGGAAACUCAAAACUUGUUGGGAGUGCUCGUCUUCGUCAAGUUAGGGUGACGAGAGACUCUUGUAUGAUUGCUAAGUCCAUGCGUCACGCUGUUCCCCACUGCAAUGCACCUUACUCUUGGGACAAUGAGGAUAUGAGCUCUUACGGUCCAGGUUGGGAAGAGUUUAAUUUUGUAAAUGCUUCUGAGGACACCGUCACAGCUUGGCAGUACCAAAGCCAGUCCACGCUCAAAGCAAUCCCCGUUUGGGGUAUGAUUGCACUUUAUAGAGGAGGAGGCUAUGUCAUGGACCUCGGUUCUGACCUGCAAAACGCGAGCUGGAAGCUUCAAUAUCUAUUUAACUCCACCUGGUUGGAUAUGUACACAAGGGCGGUUUUUACAGAGUUUACGGUGUACAAUGCGAAUGUCAAUCUGUUCUGCAUUGUCACGCUGAUACUGGAGAGCACUGCUGUGGGUGCAUUUCAGUUUCACAGCGUGGUGCAGAGUGUCCGACUCUACCAGUCCACAGGUGGCUUUCAGUCCGUUCUCAUGGCCUCUCAGGUCUUUUAUUUACUCUUCAUCGUCUACUACAUGUUUUUGCAGGGAAAGCUGUUGAAGCGGCAGAAAUGGGCAUAUUUCAAAAACAAGUGGAAUCUGUUAGACCUGGCCAUCAUCAUUUUAAGUUGGAGUUCAUUAUCAGUUUUCAUCAAGAGAACCGUGCAGGGAGACAAAGACAUUGAAUACUACCAGAAACACAAAGAUCAGUUUCCCAGUUUCCAUGACACAGCUGUCAUAGAUGUUACUCUGGGAUAUCUCAUGGCUUUCUUGGUUCUUCUGGCCUGUGUAAAACUCUGGCAUCUGCUGAGACUCAACCCUAAACUACACCUCAUCACCUCCUCACUGCAGCGGGCAUGGAACGAUAUGUCCAGUUUCAUUGUGGUUAUCAUCAUUAUCCUCUUGGCCUAUUCUCUCACUUGCAAUCUAAUAUUUGGAUGGAAGCUGUACUCAUACAAAACGUUCCCAGAUGCGUUCAGGACAAUCUUCAGUUUGCAGUUUGGCAUCUUCAAUUAUGAUGAGGUGAUGGAUUCUGAUCCCGUGCUCGGCGCUCUCAUCAUUUCCACUUGUGUCAUCUUCAUUACGUUUGUGAUACUGACCCUCUUUGUCUCAAUCAUCCUUGAGGCGUUCGGUGAAGAACAGAAGAUUCACCAGCCUUCUGAGGAAGAGGAAAUCGUCGACCUGAUGUUGGUGAAGAUCCUCAGUCUUUUUGGUAUCAAAAGUAAGAAGAAAGAAGAAACUCAUCAUAGUGACAAGAAUACCUAGUCCUCACCAUUGGCCUGUGAUGCUUGUACAAACUGCCCUCCUGCUCUAAUUACCAUUUUGUCUUCAGUUACUUAGUCAGCAGAAAGAAAAUUAAUAUCUGUAGCUGAAUUUUAAUUUAAAAAUAACACAUGGAAGUUUUGACCAAACUUUAAUUUUCUUUUCAGGAAAAGCAAAAUGUACCAUUUUUAUAAAGCAUAUUAUUUCUGAAACAUGUUCUUUUAUAAACUAGCAAGAAGAAACGUGUUUAAAUGAACUCUACAGUAGACAUGUUUUGAGAAUGUGCUCUUUGUGAACUUGUAACAAACUGUACGCUUUGCAUGUAGUGAACAAAAUAAAAGAGGUUAGGCCACAGGAGCUUGUUUGUCAUUGCUUUUUAUGAUAAAAAAAAGAAAUCUCAUGAGUGUAAAUACAAUGACACAAUUACAUGGCUGCAUUGGGACUUUGCUGUAACACUGGACACUUGUCUUGAUAUUCUGAUGGUCUAAUAAUGGGACUAUAAUGUAAAUAGGUCAACCUUGAUCAGGACCAAAACAUCAAAAAAUGAAAAAGUUUCCAAUAAAUUUCUCUC